AUGGAGGCCGGUUUCAUACCGGUUAGCGCGGCGGGCACAGGUGGGAACAUUCCCCCGCCCGCCGUGGUGGCGCCACCGGCGAAUGUUAUACGCGCGCCCGGUUUGAAGAGAGGGAAAAUGGAGGAGGCCAUAUCUGAUCGGAUUAAAUUGGAGACUGUGUUCGGGCUGACGGUGAGCAGCAACGCGGCUCUCGACUGCGAUCCCAACACAGAGGUCGUCGCAUAUCCCGCGGGAUGCACAGUGGUCCUGUACAACGUACGCAAGAACCGGCAGUCUCACGUUUUAAACGUGUCGAGGAAAAGUGUGACAUGCGUCGCCUUCUCGCCCGACGGACGCUACCUCGCCACCGGGGAGUGUGGGCACGCGCCCGCUGUGCGGGUGUGGGAUCUACAGGAUCCCACCGCUUCAGGCGCGGUUCAGAUCGCCGAGUUCCAGGGACACACGCAUGGAGUCAGCUGUGUGGCAUUUUCGACCUCUUCAAAGUAUUUGGUGUCGGUGGGGUCCCAGCAUGACAUGAUAGUGAACGUGUGGGACUGGCGCGCCAACCUUAAGCUUGCGAGUAAUAAGGUGUCAUCUCGAGUAAAGGCAGUCAGUUUCUCGGAGAGUGGCAACUAUUUUGUCACAGUCGGCUUCAGGCAUGUCAAGUUUUGGUAUUUGGAGUACUCGAGAAACGCUAAGUUCAAGGAACCCGUUCCGCUGAUGGGCAGAUCUGCUAUCCUCGGCGAACAGAAGGACAACGAGUUCUGCGACGUGGCGUGUGGACGCGGCGAGGCCUCGGACAGCACGUACGCCAUCACCCGCGGCGGGCUGCUGUGCCAGUUCAACGGCCGGCGGCUGCUGGACAAGUGGGUGGAGCUGAGGACAACUUCAGCAAAUUGCAUGGCAAUCGGUAGCGAGUACAUAUUCGUCGGGUGCGCGGAGGGUAUUGUGAGGUGUUUCGCGCCCGCCUCGCUGAGAUACGUCACGACGCUGCCUCGAACCCACUACCUCGGCGUCGACGUAUCACAGGGACACAAUAUUAAUCAUAUGUUCAGUCAGCCAAACAACGCGCGCUACCCGGACGCGAUCGCGUUGACGUAUGACGAGAGAAACCACAAGCUGACCUGCGUAUACAACGACCACAGCUUGUACGUCUGGGACGUCAGGGAUAUCAAACGGGUGGGCAAGUCGCACUCGGCGCUGUACCACUCGGCCUGCAUCUGGGGCCUGGACGUGGUGGGCGCGGGCCCGCUGGGCGCCGGCAGCUUCCUCACGUGCUCCAGCGACGACACGCUGCGCCUGUGGGCGCUGCGCCCGCCCGCCGCGCCGCCGCGCAACAUCUACAGCAACGAACUUACCAAAGUACUGUACAUCGACCCCGAGCUCAAGUUCCUUAAGGACGUCGACCUGACGGCCACCAGCGAUAAGGACAAAUCGAAGACGUACGACGACAAGACCGGCGUCAGGUGCGUGCGCGUGUCGCCGUGCGGGCGCCACAUCGCGGCGGGCGACCGCGCCGGCAACGUGUGGGUGUUCGGCGCGGACGGCGCGGCGCUGCACACGCUGGAGGCGCACGACGCGGAGGUGCUGUGCCUGGAGUACGCGCCCGCGCCGCGCCUGCUGGCCUCCGCCUCGCGCGACCGCCUCGUGCACGUCUUCCUCGUCGACCGGGGUUACCAAAUUCUCCAAACUUUGGACGAACACUCGUCCUCAAUAACGGCUGUUCGGUUCCUGAGUUCGGGCAGUGGCCUGCAGAUGGUGUCUUGUGGUGCGGACAAGACUAUACUGUUUAGGCAGUUGAGAACUAUGGCGGACGGCAGUUACCAGUUCGCUCGCGGACAGAACGUGUCGGGGCGCAGCACGCUGUACGACAUGGAGGUGGACGCGGGCGGCCGCCACGUGCUCACGGCGUGCCAGGACCGCAAUGUCCGCGUGUACAGCGCGGCGCACGGGCGACACACCAAGACCUUCCGAGGGACCACCGCCGAGGACGGAACCCUAAUUAAGGUGUCCCUGGACAGCAGCGGCAUCUACCUGGCCACGUCCAGCACGGACAAGAUCCUGAGCGUGUACGACUACUACUCGGGCGAGUGCAUGGCCACCAUGAGCGGACACUCGGAGAUCGUCACCGGCCUCCGGUUCACGCCGGACUGCCAGCACCUGGUGUCGGCGUCGGGCGACGGCUGCGUGUUCGUGUGGCGCGUGCCGCACGACAUGGUGGUGACCAUGCGCGCGCGCCUGGCGCAGCAGGCCAUCCGCCGCGGACGGAAGGUGGACCCGACGAACGGCACGUCAGGCCUGGAGAGCGAGACGGACUCCCACCUGGGCUCCCCUCCGAGGGAAAUCACCGUCGACGACAAGUUCAGUACGCCCGUGGUGCCGGACUACACGCUGCGCAUCGGCAAGCUGCCGGCGUGGGCCAAGAAGAGCCUGGGCGACGCGCCGCCCCCGCCCGCCCCCGGCCCGCCCGCCCCCGCGCCGCCCGCGCCCGCCCCGCGCGGCAAGUGGGCGGCGCGCGUGCUGCCCGACAAACGCAUCGAUUCCGAUGGAUCCAAAGACAGCUCUAUAGAUAGCGGAACAGACACGAGGUACAACGAUAAGCGAAGAGAGCCGGGCGGGAAACAGAGGCCGAAAUCACUCAACCUAUCCCAACUGCCGCGCGUGGAGGCCCUCUUCAGAAAUUUUGACGCGACCAUGAAAGCGACCUACGAUAUACUUACGAUAUCGCCGAGGGUCGAGAAGGUCACGUUGAACGUGUCGAAACGUGCGGACACUCGGUCCCGACACCACACUGACGACUCGUCACUUGGCAGUCUUAAGUUUGAGGAUCAAGAAUCGACCGAGCACGAUGGAGACAUUGAAGACAUAUCUGAUGGUGAGAGGACGUCGUCUUCGGAGAGAGGGAACAGACCAACCUACUACCCGGGCAAUAAUGAUGACGAUACACAGAGCUCGUUCCUGGUGACGGCUCUGGACGCGGGCGAGCUGCGCCAGUCGCUACGGAGGGCGCGCCGAACUGCUCCCGCCUCGCUUAGCGGCUCGCCGCACGACUCCGAUGAUGAGGUGUCGACCCCCUCCGGCGACAACGGGGACCGCAACCCCCUGUCGGGCUCGUGCGAGUCGCUGGAGCAGAGCUACAUCCGCUCCGCCUUCGACAGCCUCAGCGGGAACCCCGACCACGACGCCCCGCAACCGGGUGAGUCGAAGUCCCUGUCAGCUCAGCACCUGUCUAGGCCUCGCGACCCGGAGGCGGCUCGCAGGAGGGAGGAGUUGCAGCGGAGGAUCCUGGAGACCAGGAGGCAGCUGGAGAGCGUGGCAUUCCGUUCAAACUUAAAGUCGAGCCAGUCGACCACAGACCUGUCCUACAUCCCUGAGAAGGACGGGUCGCGACGCAAUCGUCCGAUGUCUAUGGCAGUACCUAGCAACUCGAGACCUUACGCGCGUAACCACCUCUCACCUUCGGAACCUGAAGAGACGGGUAUGAGACGAGCGAUAUCUCUGUCCGACCUCGCCGCCAAGCCUGUGCCAGCGCCGAGGACUCCUCAAGCUCCAGCCGCAUCGAAACCGGCUCAGUCGAAUAACACGAGCAAAUCUCCGAGCGGUUUUGUACGGCCGGCGCCGCGGUAUAAUAAUAAGUCGAACAUGACCCGAAGCUCCAGUGUCGGAGUUCUGAACAAUCAGAGCGAUUCAGAAUCGGACCCCCAACCCACUCGGCAUCAGUCGCGCGGUCAGGGGUUGAUGCGACCCACCAUAUCGUCAGCGAACAAAGCGGCGGCCAACGUCGCGAGGAGACGAGGCAUCGCCAAUAACUACGGACCAGGUGAGACAGCUGUUUCAGCGCGCUCCGAGUCCAGCUCGGAGGCGGACGAGGCGCCGCGGCCUCGCGCUGCAUCUGUGGACCGCGCGUCCAGGAGGCUCGGUCGAAGCGGCAGUGAGCGCGAUAUAUCGGCGAAGGCGCGUGAAGUCACGGCGAGGUUGACGUCUAACAACACGAGGCAGAGGAGCAAGCAGGAAAGCACGGGAGAGAACAAUUGUAUGUGUGAUCAGCUGGCGGAGCAGCUGACGCAGCAGCUGACGCGCACGGCGGGCAAGGUGGCGGCGCUGUACCGCCGCCUGCGCCUGGAGCCCGGCGCCGACAUCAGCGGUCUCGAAGCCGCAAUCCUCGAGACGCAGAAGGUCCUCCGCAGCGCCGUGUCGGUUCAGAACGGGGACGCAGACUGCGCCGCCGCGGACUCCGCCCGCCAGCGGCUCGACCAUCUCGUGGCCAAAGAAUCAACCGCAGCGGGUAACCCAGCGAUGUCUCUCAUAGAGCAAUACUCUGACAUACUCCUGAAUAUGAUGCAGAGCAAAAUGGUCAACCAGUUCUCUCAGAGCCCUCAGAGCCUGCCCCCGACCCCCCGGGAGGACAGCUAGUGACAGUGUUAACAGUGCAAAUAAAAGUGUUACAACAUUGAGAAAGUGUGUGAAACAAGUGAUGUACGUCUCAAUUUGAUUGGUUAAUAACUGACAUCAAGUGUAUGCGAGCAUGUGUCAAUUUAGUUGGUUAAUGACGGAUAUAUGUGCUUCUCAAUUAGAUCGGUUAGUAACACAUAUGUGCUUCUUAACUUGAUCGGUUUAUAACGGACGUUAAGUGUAUGCAAGCACGUGUCUCCCAAUUUGGUCGGUUUAUAACGGGUGUUAUUGUGUGUGGGUGUGUGGACGUCUCAAUUUUAUCAGUUAAUACCAUAAGUAAAGGUUAACAUGUGGGUUAUUUCUGUCUUACUCGAUUUGAUGUUUUAUUCGAUGAGUGUUUCUUCAAUGUUGCGCAACAAUCGUGCGACUGUCACGCCACUUAAUGUUACCAUGUGUCGUUGGAUUGUGAAAUUAAGGAUUUGAUUUAUUUUUUACAAAUUUAAAUUUGAUUAACAUUAUGAUAGAAAGACAUUAUUUUCUUUUAUAUUUGUAUGUUUAAAAUCUUGUCUAGUCAGUCGCCCCGACUUGACUUGCAUAUAUUAAGGUCUUAGACAUUUUUCCUACUUAUAAUGUUUUCGUAUUCCAUAUUAAAAGACAUUUAAUAUAAUUACAAAUGACUUAAAUUGUCUCCUAACUAAUACACACUUAAAAAUAUAAACUCAGUAUUAUUUCAAACAAUAUAAUAUUUACUACAGACAUCAUUGACUUGAAGAUAUCAAACAAAUACAUAAGUGCAUUUAUUUUA